GAUGCCUUGUUCAGCUCCCUGCUGGAUGACCCGUACCUCAGUCUGCAGCUGUCAGGAAAGACCAACCAGCAGUUCUGUGCUGAGAACCCGGUUGACGGUCUGUCCCUGAACCACGGCGGGCUGAGCUGCACCAGCAGUGACAAGAACCAGUUCCCCCUCAGCAGCCAGGGGAGCCUGGACCCCCAGGAGCCCGGAGACCAGCAGAUGUUCAACAAUCAGAACCAGAACUACAACGCUGGAGACGGUCGACACAGCGUACCCAACAUCAUCCUCACAGGAGACUCCCCCACAGGUCUGUCCAAGGAGAUCGCCAGCGCCCUGUCCCGUGUCCCCGGCUUCGAGAUGGACCCCUUCUCUCUGGACGACCAGCUCAGGAUGGACCCCCUGUCCCUGGACAUGCUGGAGGGGGACCUGAUGCUGGCUGACCCGGCUGUGGAGGACUCGUUCCGGUCCGAUCGGCUGAAAUGACGCCCCCCCUCCCCCCACUGAACAAACACAACCUGUGAGGAGGUGAAGAAUACGCCCCGCCCCCCAAC